CAGAGACAUAACCCCCCUUUUUUUUGGGGGGCUUAAGUCCGUUUCAUAGCGCGGACAUAAUCCCCAAUUUGACUGGGGAAUAUGUCCGACGUAUGGGACGGACUUAAUCCCCAAAAAAUAUACGGACAUAAGCCCCAUAAUUUUGGGGGUUAAGUCCGCGCUGAAAAACGGACAUAACCCCCAAAAUUUGUUUUUUUCAAUAUUUCACAAAAUAUUAGUUUAUUCAUAAUUUAACAAUUUACCGUUAUAAUUCUGCAUGAAAGAACUAGAUUUCGAGUAUUAUUUACGUUUUUUAUCACAAUUAUUUAGUCGUUGACGAGAUAACAUGAAUACAGAAAUGGACUUUGAAUACAUUACGGGUGCGCGUAAAGGUAGCGUUUUAGUGUAUUUAAAAAACGAAAAGCAGAUUUUUGCGUUCAAAUCUAAGUAUUUUAAUAAAAAGACAAGUGAAAAUAUUAAAAGAUAUGAAUGCUAUCAAAGUAAGUGUAAAGCUUCAAUCUUAAUCUCUGAAGUAAAUGGAAAAUGCACUGUGCGAACUGGCAAAGAAGUUCAUCUGGAACACGGAGAUCAGGAGGAACAUAAAAAACAACUUGUUUUAAAAAAUAAAAUCAAAACUGAAGUUGCUCAACCAUCUUUGCAAGCUAACAGAGUUAGAGAGGUAUUCAAUAAUGUAUGCCAGAACAACGAUACUGCAAAAUCGCUGGUUUUUAGUAAAAUGCAGCGCCACUUACGUAGGAUUAAGUGUGAAAAAAUGCCAAGGGUACCUCAAAGCCCACAAGACUUCAUAAAAUUAUUUAAAAAUCCUACCAUACUUAAUGAAUUCGGAAUGUGUGCGAGUAAUAAUAAAGAAAAAUUUUAUCAAACAACUGUGACAGAAGACGAUUUUUCAUACACGCUCUUUUUGUCAAUUCCUAUGACGAAAUUGAUAAAUGAUAAUAUUAACUGCGAUGAUCGACAUUACUUAAUGGAUGCAACAUUUGCGGUAGUUCCAGCAUGCGGAUACAAACAGCUACUAAUAAUACAUAUUGCCCAGGAUAGACACACUUUCCCUUUUGCUUUUGUUCUUAUGUCAAAUAAGAAACAAAAAGCAUAUGAACACGUGCUGCAAUAUAUUGAUUCAAAUAUUUUCAAAUUUGAUGCCAAAAGCUUUACUACCGAUUUCGAGAAAUCUAUGAGGAAUGCCAUCCUUUCUGUUUUUCCACAUACAAAAAUUAAGGGCUGUUGGUUUCAUUUUUGUCAAGCUGUAAGAAGAAAGGCUUCUAAAAUAAAACAACUCUCAAGAUUUAUGCAAACAUCAACAGAGGCAAAGCGAAUUUUUAAAAAAAUUCUCGUUUUGCCACUUCUGAAAGAUGUUGUAAUUGAAGAAGCCUUUAAUAUUUGUAAAAUGGAAGCAUAUGCUAACCCCUUGUUUGCUACAGCAAAUGAAAAUGUAUUUGAACCUCUUUUUAAAUAUUUUGAGGUACAGUGGUUAAAAAAGGUAUAUUAAAAAAUAAAUAAAAUAAUUCCAUAAACAUUAAUAUACAACAUUUUAUUUUGAUAGGAAACUCCCAAAAAUAUGUCCCUUUACAAGGAGCAUAUUAGAACGACAAGUGCAUUAGAAGGGUAUAAUAGCUACUUAUCGACGCGAAUUCCAACACAUGGAAACUUCUGGGAGUUUUUCAAAGUUUUGAAACAUGAUGAGAGUCGACAGUUUAAUGAAUUAUCGCAAACCCUGGAUGGAUUUUAUGAAGUUUUUGAAAGGCCAAAAAAGAGGAAUAGGGACCGACAUGAUUUAAUAAAUGAAUUAGUUUCGAAGUAUGAUUUGGGCGAAAUUACUCUUAAAAUUUUUUUACAAAGUAUGACAAAUAAAAGCAACAACAUAAUGCGUGAUAACGAAAAUAUUUCCAUUAACUUGGACUCGGAAGCAUCAGAAUCCGAAGAAGAGGACGAAAAAAUUGCAGAUGGACUUUUGUGUGAAGUUUGCUUUACAAAUAAAAAGAACAUAAUUCUAAAACCAUGCAAACAUGGAAAAAUUUGUCGGGCAUGUUUUGAUGAAAUUAAUAAAAGAAAUCUUAAUAACGACACACUCACAUUAUGUCCAUUUUGUAAACAAGUAGUUGGUCAUG